AUGGACAUUAAAACCACACCACCACCAAACCAAACCCCAAGUGGUACAUCAUCUAGUGUUACCAAUAUAUCAUCCUCACCACCCACAACACCGCCUUCGCCCAUAACGGCAACAUCCAUAACCAGUUUAUCCGAUGUUCAAAAGCAAACAUUUCAACAUAUUUUUGAAAAAUUGGUUGUCAGUAGCGGCGGCAGCGCAAAAAUACCACCAAAACAAUAUGAAUACUUUCGAAAUUUAUUGGAAAAUGUACGCGAUCCCAAAAAUUUGCAAAUGAUUGUGGAAAAGUUUAAAAAUCUUGAGCAAAUGGAUACGAACUUUUCGCAAAAUGGAAUAAAAAAUUCUAUGAUGACUGAAGAUACAGAUGGUACAAUUAAGGAUACUACACGCAGAUAUGCCAAUACAAAUCAAGCGAUCACUCCUCGUCAUACGAUUGAUGCAAUUUUAGGUUUAAAAAAUCGCCACCAAAUGAAUGACGGUGAUUGUGAUGACGCCACCGAUUUGCGUUGUAACAAAACGUUGGCACAACUACGCAACAUGGACAAUCAUAUGGUCACGUUAAUGCAACAGCAACGUCAUAAUUCUUCAUAUUCCCUGCCUUCACCUAACGGUCAAAUGCACCAAAGUAAUAUGUCAUCUAUGAAUUUACCUCCACCUUCUACUCAUCCGCAACAUGGUCAACAUAGUCAUCUUGGCUAUCAUAAUACGUUAAUGAAUUUCCAACAGCAGCAACAACAACAUAAUUUUCAUGCUGCCACUAACCACGUACUAUCAUAUAGCAAUCUUCAAGAUACCACCGAUAUGAACGACAGUCGUAUUAGUCCGUCCAUGAAUAGUAGUGAUUAUUUAAAUUCAAUGCAUCAAAUGGUCGAAGCCAACAAUUUAAACCAAUUGCACCACAACAAUGACAUGAGUCCACAUGCUAACAUGACGACUCAAUCACAAAUCCAACCACCACCAGCGACAUCGGCAAUUAUGAAUUCUGGUGUCUAUCAUAGUCAUCAACAACAUUUGGCUGCCUUAGCUGCACAUGCCCAAGCCCAAGCGCAGCAUGAUCAAAAGUUUGCCAAGUCAUCGUCAUUAUCCUCAACAACAUCAACUGCAGCAGCAACAACCACAGCAGCGGCUGCUGCAUCAUUAGUGGCAUCAACAAUGGCUAAUCAAAUGACGGCUUCUUCUACGUAUUUUUCCAAUAAUGGCGCCUCCAAUCUUGUACAUAAUCUCAACGAUUAUGACGAGCGUUCGUUGUCCUCUAUGUCCAAUGGAGGGGAUAUUGAUGCCGUUACUGAAGAUGAGGAUGAAGCGAAGGACCCCAAUGAUACACACAACAUCGAUGUAACAUCUUCACCACAACACACAGGGUUUGGCAAUGGCUCUGGACUAAAACGAAAGUUAACUUCAAAUUCUUCUUCUUACUGUGAUGACUUAAAUACAAUCAACAACAUCAAUACAAAUGACGAUAGAACUAGCGAGUGCCUAAGCAAAAAUCUAAUGAAUAGCAACGGCGGUGCCGGGGAUAAUUAUUUGCUGAAGACUCAAUUCGAAGGAGGAGUGAGACCGCGAUCAUUGGAAGACAUGCAGAAACAAAAUUUUAUGUCGCUUAAUGGGAAUUCAACUAUGGAACACAAUCUUAGCGGUCAGUCUCAACAACAACAACAGCAACAAAAGCACUUGGACGAUUAUAACAGAUUACACCACAUAAGUGGGGGAGGCAGUGUGGGACCAGCCGGGGACCAACAGGAUCGGCUUAACGACAACGAUAGUGUCAUGAAUGGCAGUUGUGCAUCAAGUGAAGAUCUUAAUCAAACAAAUUCCAGUGAACAGGGUGAAAAAAUUACUUCCGGCAGUGAUGAUGAAGGACAAGAUGACAAUUGUUCAAAAAAGAAACAUCGACGCAAUCGUACAACCUUUACAACAUAUCAAUUGCAUGAAUUGGAAAGAGCCUUUGAAAAAUCGCACUAUCCCGAUGUAUAUUCCCGCGAAGAGUUAGCCAUGAAGGUUAAUUUACCUGAAGUUAGAGUACAGGUAUGGUUUCAAAAUCGCAGAGCCAAAUGGAGAAGACAGGAAAAAUCAGAAAGUUUGAGACUUGGUCUCACACAUUUUACACAACUACCGCAUCGUUUGGGCUGUGGUCCUUCAGGCUUGCCGGUAGAUCCCUGGCUAUCGCCUCCUUUACUGUCAGCUUUGCCAGGAUUUCUUUCACAUCCUCAAACAGUCUAUCCAUCGUAUCUCACACCACCUCUAAGUUUAACUCCAUCUAACCUAGCGAUGAGCAGUUUAGCAGGAAUGGGACCACAUGGUCAUGGACCGCAUUCAACAGGUCAUCAUCAGCCACCACCUGGAAUGACAUUGGGAUCUAGUAGUUCACAUGGAGGCCAUCAACAUUUGCAGCUAACACAUCUGUCACCUCAUUUGUCACGCAUGUCACCACAGUCGAUGGCCGCAAUGAAUCCUCAAAUAUCUGUAGCAAAUUCAAUGUCCUCAACAUCAACAACAUCCUCUAAUGUGUCGGCCACAAAUUCUCCACUCACCUCUUUACCUCCACCCUCUUUAAGUUCUUCUGUCUCUAUAGCACCACAAUCACUGUCACCGCAAAAUCUUACCACCGUCAAUGGUGACAAUGACUCCCACUCGAGUGCGACAAAAUGCUCUUCUGCAAACAUUGAUGUGGUGGAUGUGGGUCGCGAAAGUCCCAUACCCACAAUUAACGCAACCGUAGCAACAAAUAAUGGCCUCACUAAUUCAAAUGUCAACGAGCCUUCAACACCACCUUCUUCUACUGCCUCCUCCAACACUGCUUCUUCAGUGACAGCAACAAAUCAACAACCGCAAACGACAGACAUACGUUCAAAUUCUAUUGCAACAUUACGCAUCAAGGCCAAGGAACAUCUCGAAAAUAUAAAUAAAAGUUUAACUAUGGUUUAGAAUGUCUGGUUAACCGUCACCGUAAUUUAAUUUUAUUCCUAUGACUCGCUCACCAAGCCUUCUUUUAUGUCAUUUUUCAAUUAAAUGUUUUGACACAAAUGUUUAACUAAGUAAUUUACACAAAAAUACACACGGCUCUAUAUACAGACAAAAAUCAAUAUAUGUAAUUAAUUAAAACCAUUGAACACCUAAUUAAAUAAAUUCGAGUAGUAAAUUAUUAAAUCGUUAGUUGUACUUAGUUUCUAAACAUUUUUAAGUUAAGAAUGUAAUUUAACCUUCACUCAUAAGAAAUAAACAUUAGUUAACUUUACAUACUUGUAAUUUUAAUCGCAAAUAAAUCCGAAAUAAAAAACAUUUUAUAAGUAGUUAAAAUACAAAUGUAUU